ACGACGCUAGUACGGACUAUCUUGACUCCACUGAAGAGCUAUCACACCGAGUGUGGCUGUUUCAUCUUCACAUUUUCAUCUCCGCUACGUCUCUUUAUCAGUUCAUGCCAUUCAAUCGCGUUCCAUCAUCCUGGUGUUUUGAGGACUUGCAGCCCCACAGAAGCGGCUGUCGCUUGACUUAAAUUACCGAAAUUACUGUAUCUUGCAUCUUUUUAUCCACGGAAACAUUUUAAUUUGCGAUAUCUCUGCAGUCCUCGACGUUUUCUCCCAUUUAUAUUGUUCAGUGUUGCACCAUGACGCCUGCGGCAUCGUCCUCAGGCGCGGUUUCCACGAAAUCGUCGCGGAAGGCGGCAAAAGCCUCCAUGUCUCCGCGGGACUAUAGGAGUAGGGCUACAUCGACCUCUGGAAGUAUCAAAACUUCUAAUAAGGGCGGUAGAGUACCUGCUGUAGAGAGGCAACGUGCGGGCAAUGAGGGGAAGGCUGACGAGUCAGAUGCAAGUAAACAAAAGGCGGCAGGUGUGACGAAACGACCAUCAGGGGAUGUGCGAACAAAGAGGAAAUCCGUGACACGGCAGUCACCAGGAGGGCCAGAUACUUCCGAUCAUACACACGAUCUAGGAAAAUCCCGGUCAAGGACGACUACAGGCACCCGCUCGGAGCAGUCACGCAGCAAAAAAUCCCUGGUUUCAAACCGCGGCGUCAUAUAUUUGGGACACUUACCACAGGGCUUUUUUGAGCCUCAACUGAGAAAGUUCUUUUCACAGUUCGGGAAGGUCACGAGGGUGGAAUUACGGCGAAGCAAACGAACUGGCAACAGCAAAGGAUUUGCUUUCGUGGAGUUCGAGUUACCUGAAGUCGCAGAUAUUGUUGCAGAGGCAAUGAACAACUACAUGAUGUUCGGGCGAACGCUUGUCUGUCACGUUGUUCCCCCUCAAAAUCUGUCUGAAAAGGUGUUUUCAAAUGCUGACAAGAAGUUCAAAAGGGCUCCUUCACGGCUUAUUGCCGCUGGUAAGCACAAUAAAGCAGAAGGAGAGAUGGCUUCUGCAAGACAGGUGAACCGGAAAAUUGUGUCUGGUCUUAAGAAACAACAGCGCUUAAAGGAACUUGGAAUCGACUACACGUUCAAAACUGUUCUCGAUGAUCUGAAGGACAAGGGGGACGCCGAAGAGAGCGGGAGGCAUCGUCGCAGUGUGCAAGCGUGGGUACAAGCGCAACUCCGUGAAAAGAAGCAGCGCAAACAGGACAAAGCGAUGAAACGGCGGGAAACACUGCGACUGAAAAGCCGCAAAAGGUCGACGGCAACCGGGUUCAACGAAGUCGUUUCUCCAGAAGAAAUGGAAGCAAGAAAGGAAAAGGUGGCUACCCACCCAGAUGACGAGCCGUCACGAAAAAGAGUAAAGCAAUGCUAGCCCUAAUUGUGUUUAUUCGUGACCAGACCGUCCUGUCUACUUCCUUCCGACCUCACCGAUUGUGUUUAUGGUUAAAAAUGCGUAUAUCGUGUGCUGCACAUGGGGAUGGAGGCUGUUCCGUAAACGAGGCACUUGUGAUCUCCUUUCCUGCUGAAAGGAUGAUCUUUCUGGCAAAGGUGUCCUCUCAAACGCUGAGCGAUGCAGGUUUUUGGUUGGAACCGCUUUGUACGUGUUCUCUGUAAUUGUUUUAAACAGCUCUUAAAAGCGGAUUUGUA